GGAAGCGAACGGCUGUAUCAAGGCCGAACAGACUUCCUGUGCUUGUUGUCUUGGGAGGACCUCACAGGGGCAGCUAAGAAAGCAGACAGUUUCAUUUAGUUCCAGUCAGCGUGCAGACAUGGCGCUGUGGACGGGACUGUAUCUCGUGGGCUUCCUCGACGUGGCGCGCUGUGUGCUCGAAUCGUCCUACACCGUCCAUUUGGACAAGCGCACAUUCGAAAGCGCUCAGAAUUACUGCCAGCCUGGAAGUUUCCUGACCAACAUUCCAAAUGAGAAGGAAAUGGACAAGAUUCUGAAAACAAUCUGGGAUAUGGACAGCAAAACCACCACGUCGUUCUGGAUCGGACUAAAGAGGGAUAAAGGCAUGUGCUCUGAACAGCAUUUGCCUCUUAAAGGAUUCUACUGGACCGUGGACAACAGCACUCAAUCCGAGGUUAAAACCUGGAAAACCGAAGCUUCGAGUACUUGCGCAAGUCUUCGCUGCGGGCUGCUUUCAGUGGAAUACAGUUCCUCCGGUGCAAAAAGCAACGGGUUUGCAGAUAUCUCCUGCAGUAAGGAAAAUCCUUUCAUUUGCAAACGAAACAUCAAGCUGGCCUGCCCUCGACCAGAGAUACUCUCCACGCAUGACAUGAUCGAGCCGCUGCACGAUCCAUACACGCGUCAGAUAGUUUGCCGUUCCGGUGCCAGGUUCAACCUGACAUGCACCAAAGAUCUAGUGUGGACUCUGGUCGGCGGAAAAAAUGUGGAUAUAUCGCAGCUCUGCCUGGAGUGCGACAAGGGCUACAGGAGGGAUGCAUCCGGAAACUGUGUGGAUGUAAACGAAUGUGAAGAAAACAAUCCAUGCACCCAGCAAUGCCAGAACACCGAAGGCUCCUACAAAUGUCUAUGUUCGUACGACGACGACGGCGUUUGCAACGAAUCGCCAAAGCCGCCCGCCACCAAUUCGAAAAACAAAUCGAUAAACAGGGACAAAUCUGUGCCGACUCAACCGACGUCUCUGCCCGAUGAUGUCAUAACGAACGGGACAGGCGUGCGCAUCGUCGACGGCGCAGGAGACAUUUCCAACAUAGUAGUACCUGUGAUUAUAGCCCUGCUGAUUUUCAUAGUGCUGCUGGUGAUCGUGGCGGCCAUCGUGAAAGGCUGCCUGAGGAGGAGAUCCGUAAAGCUGGCUCAGAGGAAGGCGGAGGCUGUGGCUCUGAACGGAUCCAGCUCCGUGGAGAAGGUGAAUGAAAAAGAGGAAACCUAAGUGGGAGAGACUGAGCAGAUGUAAAAGAUAAUUCAAUGGGACACAUGCAGACGACAGAGGGUGCUUGCUGCAAGAUAUUCCUCUCUCGGAACAUUUUGGUGUGAGGUCUGGAGUCACAGUGUAAUUACUGCCUUUGAAUUUCAUUUGUCGUUUCGGAUCACAGUUGAAAGCAGGGUCUUUAUUCCGAUGUGGAUUUGGAAAUCCUAUCUAGGUCACAUCAACGGUAAUUAGAUUUAUGAUUUACUCAUUUCAUAGCUGAUAUUUAAAUGCACCUAUGCGGAGAUGUAAGAACUGUAGAAGACAUUGUGUUAAUAUUGCAAUUGGAUGCGUUUUAUAAUUUUGUAUUUCUGUGUUUCACAAAACCAAGGUUUUAUGCGUGUAUUUUUUUUAAAUGAAGAGUUAUGUAAAUAAAGACGGAUGUUUAGGA